UUUUUAUUAAAAGCCCAGAAAAGUGCAGUAAAAUUAAAAAAAUAUGUAUACUAUUGGCUUUCUCGGCUACUGAUAAGACCGGACUUCGUGCAUGUUUCGCUAAAAAUCUCAAAUUCGGUUUAAAUAAAAUUACAGUUUGCGCACGACAUUCCAAUCAAAUAAUUUUCAGUUCAAGAUGUGUUUAGUCGCAUACGGGAUUUUACUAGUCGCGCUUACACUAGCUUCAGCCCAGACUCUCGAUGAGUGUGUGGUGCCCAUAGCCUCCAUACAUUACAACCGCGUACAAUGGCCGCUGAUCUAUAAGCCCAAUGGCGAAUUAUAUCCAACGAAAUUUGAUGCAGAGCGACAAUCUGUAACUGUUAAUUUAGUUGUCGACGAAGAGGUAUUACUUUCAUGUGGUCCAAAUUACUUGAAGAAUUACAAUCGUGCGGAAAUUUUAAAUGUGAAAUGUGAGAGCGGCGGAAAGUUUAGUGUCUUGAGUAAUGUACCAGUUGCCAAGAAAGCGCCAAAGCUGUUGGAGCAGUUCGGUUGUGAUUUGCGUGUCGUUGAGGAGGUGUUGAGCACUGUGAAUGGUUGCGCAGAGCCGACAUGGACAGCUGUGGCAUUCGGCUAUGUCAAUCCACAGGAUCGUCUUACGCACAUUAUUGGCGAGGCUUGUUAUGAUGAGAACGCCGGACGUACUAUCUUUGCGCACGUUAAGCUCGGCAGUGGCGCUGCUCUACAACGCCUGCCAAAAGAUUUUCUAACAAAACACCGCCAUCCAGAUGGCCGCUACAAAAGUGAGCUCUUCCGUGGUCUACACUUCGAUGAAAUCUAUGAACGUGUGCGUCAAACAUUGAACUUGAAACGUGCGCCCUUCUUACAUAAAGCAAAUUUCAUAGAUGACUUCUUUCUAACGAGUCCACAAUUCUUUGCUGUCAGAAAACUGGCGUGGAAUUAUUUUGUUGCACAUGACGAGCUCUCGGCAUGGACAACGCUUAAGCAAAAUAUAUUGGCUCAUCAGAGAGCGAAUAAAAAUGAAGCUUUUGAUAUAUAUGUAGGUAGCCAUGGUAUACAAGUGUUACGUGCCGCUAAUGGCAAACAAAUGGAGCUCUAUCUUCAUCCAGCAGCUGGUGAACAUGGUAAAUUCCCCGUACCUGAACUUUUGUGGAUUAUCGUAAAGGAAGAAGAUAAAGCAAUGGCUUUUGCUGUAUACAAUGAUGCUGAUGUUAAUGCGUUGGAGACUGGGAUUUCAACCUCGACACAUGCGCCAAUCUGUGAGAGUAAGUGCGAUCAAGUUAGUUGGCUUUCGGAGUCAUUGAAAGAUGGUGCAGUUAUCUGUUGUGAGGUGGCAGAAUUUAGGAAAGUUAUAAAAGAGGUGCCUGCUGCAGCAGAGGCAGGUGCUGAGUUUUAAACGUAUUCGAUAAACAUACAUAUGUACAUACGUGUAUGUAAUAGGUUAUUAAAUAAAUAAAAAUUUGCUUUGAAACACAUGUAAAGCACAUAGUUCAUCUUGUAAAAUUGUUCAUUUUACUUAAAACACCGCCGCUAAACUCAAAAAUUACAUUUAAAGUAAAAAAAAAACAAUAUGAAUUUUCUAACCGUACGUUGGAGAAGAUCAUUUAAUAGUUUUAAGCUAUGGUCAGGAAAGGGAUAUCAGUUUUCAAAGGAAGCCACAGUCAAGGCGUCGUCGAUGGGACUAAGGACUUGUUAUAAAUAACAUUCUUUUCAUAAUUAAGAUAUUUUUUCAUUAUUCAAGUCUUAUAAAAUUGAAAUUUCAAACGAUUCAAAUAAAAAUACAAUUUUCUAAAAUAUGUAUAUGUAUAUUAUAUCUCUAUAGUGGAAGUCUACAUUUACGUAAAACUUCACACUGUUAAAGGAUUUGCAAUAAUAUUUGAGAGAAACUUAACCGUUUAUUGAAGGCAUAAAACCGCAUUAAGGCAUAAGACAACGUCACAUAUGUACCGUUUUGUCUAAUAAUCAGGAAAUGUGUGGUCACUGCAUGUAGAAAUCGUGUCCUGUUUACAUAUGUAAUAAAAUACACUAA